AUGUCAAAUACAAUAAUUUCUUGGCUUUCUUUAUUACCUGUUGAAAUUCUGCAUCAUAUAUUUGAUAGUCUAGAUGCAUUAACGAUAUUAUUUUCAUUACGUUGUACAUGUCGAAGAUUAAAAACAAUUGUUGAUGGUUAUGAUCGAUAUGUUCUUGAUUUUCAAUCGAUAUCAAAGUCUGAUUUUCAAUUGUUAUGUCAUUUGAUUAGUCCUCGAAAAGUUAAAUCAUUAACACUUUUUUCUAAAGAUGAAACAUCAGAUCAAAUUGAAUUAUUUACAACGUAUUUUCGGAUUCGACAAUUUAAUCAUCUUCGUUCGUUAACUUUAAUUGAUAUUGAAGAAAGCCAAUUGAAAGUUCUUUUAAAACGUUUUUUUAUUCCUUCAUUAACUUCAUUUUCAUUUAAACUUGGAAAAUAUGAUGAUCGUCGUACAAAUACAACAGCAACACUUCUAUCGUCUAUUAUUUCACAAGCACAUCUUCAUCAUUUGAAUCUUGACAUUCGCUCAACUCGUAUAGAAAAAAUGAUUUGGCCUGUUCAAUCCAUGAUUAAAUAUUUAAAAAUUAGUUCUUGCGAUAACUUCUCUCAAAUUUUCACCAUUCUUCAAUGCUCACCUCAUCUACAAACGUUUAUUAUAAAUUUUUCAAAUUAUAUUGAUGAUACAAUCAUCUCACUAGAUUCUAUUCGAACAUCUUUCCAACAAUUAACUUCACUAACAUUAGAAAAUCUACGUGCGAAUAUUGACAAUCUUGAAUUAUUGCUUUCAUUGAUGAAUUCAUUGACUUAUCUAAAAUUAAUUGGUUUUGGACAUUUUCUAAAUGGUAAUCGAUGGGAACAAUUUAUUCAGACAAAUUUACCAUUUUUGAAUAAAUUUGAACUUUUCGUUCAGGAAUGGAGAGAUGUUAAUUAUACUGCAGCUAAUGUUGAAACAGUUAUAGCAUUAUUUCAAACAUCAUUUUGGGUUGAGCAUAAAAAGUGGUUUUGCACAUGUGAAACUACGGAAUUAUGGCCACGAGUAAUUAAACUCUAUUCUAUUCCACUUUGUGUAUCUACAUUGAUUUAUGAACCUGAAUCUAAUAAAAUAUCGUUAUCGACUUUUAAUUUUACAAUUAACAACGAUAAAUCAAUUAUGGAUAAUGUCAAUACAAUUGAAUUUAAAUUUGCAAAAUUUACAUUGAAUGACAUUCAAAAACAGCAGCAAAGUUCAAGUGGUCCCUUGUUUCGCCGAGUGACAAACCUCGAACUUGAUUACUACGUCCAACGAAUACCGUAUUGGACGACAUUUGUUUCAACACUUGUUGAUCUAACAACAGUCACUCGAAUUAAAUUAGCUGGAAUGAGAAUUUUUCAGGCUAAUCCAAAUAUAAUAGCAGAUCUUAUCAGCUUACUUCAACAAACAUGUAGUCUUACUUCAUUAGACAUAUGUUGCAACUAUGAUAAUAGACGAUCGAAGUUGACUGCGCAAGACAUAUGUUCAAUGACACCAUCACAUGUUAAACAUUUGGCAGCAUCAAUUGAAAACUUGAAUGAAGUUAAAAUUUGUCUCGAAAAACUACAACAUCUAUUAACUGCUAGAUUCUUCUAUAGGAGUAGUUCGUUCUCGAAUUUACUUACUGAAUGGUUGGAAGAAAAGAGAGCUGGUUCAUCAUACUUUGUAGGUGCUGUUUUUACAAAAGUAUGGUUUGUACAAAAUAAUAAUCAAUUUAAAUUAGUCCAAAUUGGAAAUAAACGAAUCAAACUCACCGUUGAUCAUUAG